ACUAUAAUCUUGUGCCAGCUUUUUCUUUUUCUUGUUCCUCUUUCUCUCUCCUUGUCUUUCUCUCUCUUCAAAGUCCAAGCUUUUUGAUUUGUGGAAUUACUCUUGUUCCUACCUGGUUAAGCACAGGCUCCUCAAUCUCCUCCUCCUCUAGUUCUUUCUUUUUUGUUUUCUUUGUGUUUUUGUUUUUAUAAUUAAAAGGUUCAAUUUUUGGUGUUGUUGCUGAUAUCCAUUAGCAUUUUCUGUUCUGGGGUCAAUGCCGUCUUGUUCUCUGGAAAUUAGGGCUUCAAUCCGUUGUCUGGGGUGAUUGAUUUGGGAUAUGUGUGGUAAGGGAAUGUAGUUGGAGAAGGUGGUGUUGUAUUCUGGAUAAUAAAGAUUUCAUCUUCAUUUCUGGGGAUGCUUUGAUUUGUUGUGAAUUUUUCUCCUUUUUCGAUUUACCCUUAUUGUGGAUUUACAUUAUAUUGCCAUUUCUCGACUAAUCGGAUGAAUAGAUUGGGAAAUCUAAUUGGAUUUGAGUGGAUUAUUGGAUAAAGCUUGGGAUUUCUUACCUGCUAGACCCCUUUAUGCACAAUUAGUUGGUGAAUUGGGAACAAAUCUGAGCAGAAAAGGCUCCCUAUAGUUGCUGGGUGUAGUUGUAUUGAAGGUCGUUUUAUGAUGGAUCAUGUUAUUGCUGGGAAGUUUAAACUGGGAAGGAAAAUUGGGAGUGGUUCUUUUGGGGAGCUUUAUAUAGCUGUUAAUAUACAAACUGGGGAGGAGGUGGCUGUCAAGCUGGAACCUGUGAAGACCAAACAUCCACAGCUUCACUAUGAGUCAAAAUUGUAUAUGCUUCUUCAAGGAGGAACGGGGAUUCCCCAUCUUAAGUGGUUUGGAGUUGAGGGAGACUACAAUGUCAUGGCAAUUGACCUUCUUGGACCAAGUCUGGAAGAUUUGUUCAAUUAUUGCAAUCGGAAGUUAACACUGAAGACAGUGUUAAUGCUUGCUGACCAAUUAAUUAACAGAGUUGAAUAUAUGCAUUCAAGAGGUUUCCUUCACCGUGACAUUAAGCCGGACAAUUUUUUAAUGGGCUUAGGACGUAAAGCAAACCAGGUGUACAUCAUUGACUAUGGCCUUGCUAAAAAAUAUAGGGAUCUUCAAACUCAUAGGCACAUACCAUACAGGGAAAACAAGAACCUUACAGGCACAGCUCGGUAUGCAAGUGUCAACACUCAUCUUGGAAUCGAACAAAGCAGAAGGGAUGAUCUGGAAUCUCUUGGUUAUGUGCUCAUGUACUUCUUAAGAGGAAGUCUUCCUUGGCAAGGACUGAAGGCUGGCACUAAAAAACAAAAAUAUGAUAAAAUCAGUGAAAAGAAGAUGUCAACUCCUAUAGAGGUACUCUGCAAAUCAUAUCCCUCAGAGUUUGUAUCAUAUUUCCACUACUGCCGAUCAUUGCGGUUUGAGGACAAGCCUGAUUAUUCAUAUUUGAAGAGGCUUUUUCGAGAUUUAUUUAUUCGAGAAGGCUAUCAAUUUGACUAUGUUUUUGACUGGACUAUAUUGAAGUAUCCACAGAUUGGUGGCAGCAGCUCUAGAGGGAGGCAUGACAGUGGCAAGGCAGCGAUGAAUGCAGGACCAUCUGUACAAAAGCCAGAAAAGAUCUCAGUUGGGAAGGAGAUUCGAGAGAAAUUUUCUGGUGCUGUUGAAGCAUUCUCUCGAAGGAACCCAACUUCUAGUCCUCGUGGUGAUCACUCCAAACACAGGAGUUUUGAGGAAGUAGCAGUGCACAAAGAUGUGUAUCAUGAUCAAGAGAAGGGACGCAAUUCCUCUCGAUAUGGUAGCAGUUCCAGAAGAGCCAUAAUCUCAUCAUCAACCAGACCAAGCUCCUCUGGGGAUCACACUGAGAGUCGUACUGGCCGGCUAACUUCUACCGUUAGCCGUCCAUCUACCACUCAUAGAAAUAUUCAACCAAUGUAUGAGACCAAACAACCAACUUACACACGGUCCGGAUCUAGCAGAGGCAACCGAGAUGAUCCUCUGCGGAGUUUUGAGCUCCUCUCUAUCAGGAAGUAACAAGUAUAUUCAGUUUCAUUUUGUCACCAGACAUUUUCUUAAUUCUGAUGCACCUGUUUAUCCAAGAACCAUCGAUCUCAAGAUCAUGUUCAUGUAUAUUACUGAAUUACCAUGAGGUCAUAAUCAACUUCACUUUUGUGGACUAAGGUGGGACUAUUUUAUGCCCCCAGCAAGAUAGUCUUCUGAAAGAAGAUUUCUCGGAUGCUGUAACAUGUUCCUUAAACAUGCUCCAGAGAACUCAAAUCAGGGUUCUUUUUUUUUUUUUUUAACUUUUUACUAGAAGAACUUGUUUACUUUUUUGCCCAAAAAAAAAAAAUAGAUGAAACUAGAGUUGUAGUUCAUGAUACAAUUGUUUCUUCGCAAUGAGACCCAACACUGCAUCUAUAUUACCCUUGUUAUGAGAGUGGAAUUGAUAGAAUUUGGUC